CACAAGAACACAUACGCUCAUCUCCAAAGGAAACGACAAAGCCCGGGAUAUCGAGCGGUGCUCUCGGGAAAAAAGGAAAACUGAGGCUCUCGGAAAUUGACCCCCGGCUAACAGAUGCUUUCGGGACUUCGCUGAGAACGGACUGGGAUGCGGAAAUGUGGCGCUUUGUUGGAGAUAGCACUGCUUUUGAAUAGCUUCCAUCUCUUCCUCUUUUGAUGGUGUGCAGAUCCACCCUUCUACUGAGUGCUGAACUAAUAGGCAAUGCUUUUCAGCUCCGAGAUCCGCCGUGUCUUACUGCUUUCCCGUUAGUUCUCAUGUGUUUACUGUCUGCACGUCUCCCCCUGUGCAACACAUGCAAUUUACAGAGUAUAUUUUUUAUUACAGACUAUUUUUGGUGGCACCCUUUAAUACUAAGAAGACUGUCGUCUUUUACGAAGUCUAAAAAGAAUAUUUUAGCACGUGAAUGAAAACGCCGAAGACUUGGAUAUUACAUUUUUUUUAUAUGGUUCUGUUGGUAGCCCUGUCCUAGAAAACGGAUCCAAUUGUGUUAUUAUGCAACCGCAAGGAUCUCUUCUUUAUCAGGGUGUCUAAGCUGUUGGAUUGCUCCUCGCCCAAAUCAAUGUGGUUUCAUUGGAACAUUUUCAGCAAAGCAACGCAUAUGCUGCAGUGUCUUUGUGGCAAGAGUCUUAAGAAAAACAAGAAUCCAAGUGAUCCCCAGCUCAAGGGUAUAGUGACCAGGUUAUAUUGCAGGCAGGGAUACUACUUGCAGAUGAACCCAGAUGGAUCUCUUGAUGGAACCAAGGAUGACAGCAGUAAUUCUUCAUUGUUCAACCUCAUCCCUGUGGGCCUCAGAGUCGUUGCUAUUCAGUCCGUGAAGACAGGCUUGUACAUUGCCAUGAAUGGAGAAGGCCAUCUCUACACAUCGGAACUCUUUACGGCGGAAUGCAAGUUCAAAGAGUCGGUGUUUGAGAACUACUACGUGAUCUACUCGUCCAUGUUGUACAGGCAGCAGGAGUCCGGGAGAGCUUGGUUUCUGGGUCUCAAUAAAGAGGGCCAGGCCAUGAAGGGCAACCGUGUGAAGAAAACCAAGCCUGCUGCCCAUUUUCUUCCCAAGCCAUUAGAAGUUGCGAUGUACCGAGAGCCGUCGUUGCACGAUGUCGGGGAGACGGCGCCCAAGGCUGCCGCGCCCCCGAGCAAAAGCACAAACGAGCCGGCUGUGAUGAACGGGGGCAGGCCGGUCAACAAGGCCGCCAGCAAGCCCAGCACAUAGCCUGGCCACGGAGCCGCUGCGCUGACCCCGUCCCCUCCCCCGGAGAGAGACACCACGCUCGCGGACUGCACUCUCCGCCCAACGGCUGCGGAUCCGGUCCGGACGAGCCCUUCUCCUCUCUUCCCCUUCUACCCUCUCCAGCCAGCUGGCAGACGGAUCACGGAAGUACGGCCGGGUUUAGUGACCGGGAGGAGUCGGUUGGACGCGCCGGCUCAGCCCGCACCGUUGAAUGCCCUACCGGAUAUGGAAUGCCUUUACCCACACACCAACACCACCCACACACCAACACCACCCACACACCAACACCACCACCACCCACACCAUAAUGCCGAUGUGUUUUUGUGACCGUGACAAUCCCAGAGUGAAGAGUGAGAUGGUGGGAGAGGGUACUCUGAGUGGCAGUGUCUUCUGCUGCUGAUGGUCACCCGUGACAGUGCUUUUUUGAGCCCUGUAACAGCAACCUCUAAUUCAGAUCUAUUUUCUAUACACAGUGAACACCAGCUAUGCUCUGGGGAAACAUGCUACAGACUGAAAUGGCAAGAAAUAGGACUGUCAUUCUCAAAAUUUUUUAUAGAGUUCCUGUGUCUUCUGCUCCGUCUUGCUCUCUCUCUCGUGCUUUCUUUCUCAAUGGCUCAAAUCAUCACUCCUUAUCUUUGUUGAGUGCUACAAACCUUUGCAGCGGCUAGAUUUGAUUUUCUAAUACACAGCCGUUCGUGAGCGCACCAUCCACGCAGUCCCUCCAGCGCACACGCACGCGCGCACGCAAGCACGUUACUUGUGGAGAACUGAGAUGCCAGUAGUGGCCUGUCGUGCAGGGAAUCAUACAGAGGGAUUAAUGGGCCAACUUUGUCACUGUAGAGCCUUGGGAAGGCAGAGAUGGCUGUCUCAGGCUCGGUGCCUGUGUUUCUCUCUUAUUUUAGCAUACAGAACGAGGCAUGCCGAAGGCUGGCGAAGCUCUUAGGCGCUUUAAGCCAGCCAACAUGCACCGCGUAUUUGCUUUGCCCUCCCGCACUUGGUGCACGGUGGCGCCUGAUCCAUAUACCCGUACAUAUCGCCAUGGCAUUAUCACCGGGGUGGCAACGGGCCGCCUCAAGCCCCAACAGAGAGGAAGCCAAAUUCUAUUUUUCUUUACUCUUAGUUUAGAGCACAGGCUCUAGGAACAUCUAUAGGCCUUGUAGGCCUCAGGUUGUGGCUGGUCCGUGGUGCCCUGUCUCCUCUGAACUGUCGGCUAAUUCUGGUGGGUCCUCUAGGGGCAGCAGUAGUGACAGCCAUUUCGAGAUGGGUCUCCUUGGCGGCAGCACGAGAAAGUGGCUGAAUUUAAGUUGGCGCAUUUGCUGUUGGCCGUAUCCCGUCUUUGUUCAGCGAAAGCAUGGGUAAGGUUAGUAUUGAGACGGAUUAUAUAACAAUGUUUUCACUGUAUAAAAAAUUAAAAGCUUUAAAAAUAGAUUUUUAUGAAUAGAUAUUACAAUUAAAUAUUGAGGGGUUUUUUUUUGUUUUGUUUUUUUGUCUAGCUCAGCAUGCAGAGUCCGGUACUGCUCCUAUUGGCCUAUUGUGUGCCUGUGAUGACCUCUAACCCAGCAUGCAAAAACAUGUACCCAGUCUGUGCUGGGUUAAAGGUGCCUCAUGCCCCCAAGAGAACACACAUACGCGCGCACAUGCACACGCACAUGCACGUACACAUUCAUGCACGCACACACACAUACAGAGUAGCUUUCUCAAUCAAUACACACUCCUCCCAGUUCACGUUCACGUCCACAAAGGUUGAUCCUGAAUUUUACCAAAGUUUCUUUAUAUGUCCAAGAAUCCAGACCCACUAUUUGCAGUGAUGUGUAGUGGGUGGCACUAAAACCUAGCCCACUCUGUUCAAUUUCCAGUUUUUGCUCACUGUGACUAAUAUUCAUCCUUAUAGCAGAACAACCAACUCUCUUUGGUUUUUUUUUUUUUUUAAAGUAAAUCCUCAAUGGCUAUGACUGAAGACUUUACUGAAGUAUGUUUGCUUUACAAAAGACUAGGGGUACCUAUAAAUUAAUCACCUGCAUGCUUUUCCAUAUGAACCAAAGUAUGGGAGGGAUGGAAUGGAUUAUUAGCCUGUGUAGGACAGCACUGAGUGGGCAUGAUAUUGUAAGGUUCUCGCAUACUUUCUCUCAAUUGAAAUGAUAGAACUUUUGGUUCAUCAUCUACUUGUGACCUUUAGAAAACUAUCAAUGAUUAUUUAAAUCUGUCACCAGAUUUGAUAUGAAGCCUGCCUUGCUUUAACAGUUUUCAUAGUUUUACUGAAUAAGAUUUACAAUGUUAUUAAGUAGAUUGAAGCUGGGCUGCUAAAUUGCAAAUAUAUUCAAAGCUUCAUUGGAAGAUCUAUAUUUUCUAAAAUUUAUUGGUAUGAGCUAGUUUCUUAUUAGGACAUGUUAAAGCACAUUACUUAGACUUACAUAUUUGUCUGUACAAAACUAUGGUGAUGCUAGACAUGCAGUACUACACACAAAAAGUAGCUCAAACUGUCCGAUUCCAUUUGAGGCCUGGUGUGCCACUCCACACAACACACUCAUCACUUUCUCCUGUGAACUCUACAUGCUGGGCUAACAGGCCCUGGGAACCUGUGGACUAGUUAUAUGAAGACUGAAUUUAUUUUUGUUAAUGACUGGUGAGUAAAUGUGCAUCUGUGCGUAUGUCUGUUAUGUUUUGUUUUUCCUCUUGCAAAUGUCUGCGCGCGUGUUCAGUUCCAUGCAGGUCACG